AUGGUCUUCAUUUUUAAGCUUCCGAGGAUUACAGUUGAGGAUGGAGGAGAGGACAUGAUUGGAGGUCGUUUUGAUUCAUAUGGAAGUGGCCGAAUGGGUGGUUCAGGUUUUGCUCCUGGUGGAAGUUAUGGCUGUUCUCGUGGUUUCGGUGGUUCCGGCAGCUUUGGAGUUUCCCCGAGCCGCACAGGUGGUGGUUCACGUAAUUUUGGUUCCUAUGGUGGGCAACCCUCAGGGCCAUCAGGUGGGUUCGGUGGUUCCAGUUUUGGACACUCGGGUGCUUUUGUAGACUCUGUUUCACGUCGUCCUGGCAACUUUGGUGAUUCUGACCCCGGGCAUUUCGGUAGUAGCUUUGGCGAGUCUGACUCAGGAGUAUUUGCUGGUUUUGCCAACUCUGGUCCUGGUCGUUCUACCAGGUUCCACAACUCCAGCCUGAACUGCUCAGGUGACUAUUGUGGAUCUAAUGGAAGCAGCUUUGGUGGAGGUCCUAGCAAGGAUACUGAUGAAUGUUGGCUGGCCGACAAGAUCGUUUAG